ACACACCCUUGCGUUGUAGGCAGCGUUUCUGUCUGUCGACUGCUUGAAAGAGCCGAAUCAAUUGUCUACAUAAAUUUCGUUUCUCUAUCCGGAACGAUGGGCGGUGGACAUCCAGAUCCCAAGCGUGGAAUAUAUAUUGGAACGUUUGGGGACUUUGGCUGCCCGACUCCGCAGAAAAUAUCUACCUACGCUUUGUCCCCCAACCGACAGCGUCCCUUCGCUGGUGCUUUGUACAACGCCAUUUUCAACACAUGGAGAAGAUCCCGCAAUCAAGCACUCUAUGUCGUUCCCCCCUUUGUCGCGGCAUAUGCCCUAAUGAGCUGGGCUCAAGAGAGGAAUGAAUAUCUGAACUCUAAAGCCGGACGAUUGGCAGAGGGUGGAAGCGAAGAGUAGAGAUCAUCGUUACUACCUUUAAAAGGUUGGGAGGGGAGCCUCAUCCGUCAUUGCGCUGUAUAGUACACAUAUUAUUAGAAAGCAAUCGACUUGUCUAAAGCAUUUCAUUUUCUAUAUAAAAUAUGACAAGAACACUUUUCGAAUUCCUUUCUCUGUUUUGAUUUUUCCC